ACUGGCAAGGGCCGAUCAGCAGCAUGCCCCUCCUCACCAUGCACAGCCGGCAGAUCAGCUGGACUCCACUGCUGCUACUGGGGUACCUCUUUUACCUCCUCCUGGGUGCUAUGGUGUUCCAGCUGCUGGAGAAGCAGGCAGAAACACAUUUUCGGGACCAGUUCCAGCUGGAAAAGCUCAAGUUCCUGCAGAAUUACACAUGCUUGGACAGACAAGCCCUGGAGCAGUUUGUACAGGUCCUCAUGGAAGCAUGGGAAAAAGGGGUCAACCCAGAAGGAAACUCUACAAAUCCCAGUAACUGGGACUUCAGCAACUCCUUCUUUUUUGCAGGAACUGUUGUCACCACUAUAGGUUAUGGCAACCUGUCCCCCAGCACAGUGGCAGGGCAGAUCUUCUGUGUGUUUUAUGCCUUAUUUGGAGUGCCCCUCAACCUGGCCUUCCUCAAUCAGCUGGGAAAAGCUCUCAAUGCUCAUCUGCUUACCCUGGAAAGAUGGGUGCAAAAGCCAGGGCGUGCCCAGGUGGUUCAAACACUGGCAGUGGUCAUCUUCCUGAUCACUGGGACCUUGCUUUUCCUGGUGUUCCCACCAUUAGUCUUCAGUUAUGUAGAAGGCUGGAGCUACGGAGAAGGCUUUUACUUCACCUUCAUCACCCUGAGCACCAUUGGAUUUGGGGACUAUGUAGUAGGCACAAACCCCAACAAGCACUAUAUCCCUGUGUACAGGAGCCUAACUGCGAUAUGGAUUGUUUUUGGCUUGGCCUGGCUGGCUCUGAUUUUCAACGUGGGAGCUGACUUGAUGGAAAGAUACCUUCAGCUAAAGUGGCACAAGUCUGACUUAAGCUUGGCAGAAGGAGACACCACCAAAUUGGAAGAUGAACCUGAGCAGCCUAGGAUCCAUAUCCCUAGCUGAGUAAGGUACAAAGAAAGCAGUCUUGAAAGUGCAUCUUCCAUCUGUAUCUCACACUAAGCAACCCCUGUGGAUAAAGAACUAAACCACAGGUUGUGGACUGUUUCCUAAAGAGGAAAUGGUUCAGAUACGUGGAAAUUUCCACCCCCUGUGUAGGCAUCAGCCAGUUAAAACUCCAAGGAAGGAGCAUAAUGAUUACACAAUUGCCCCAGGAUUCAUUUUACAUUUCUCAUUCUAAGGCAACUUCCCCUGAAGUAAUCAAUUAUUAUCCUUUCUCUUUCUCUAGUGGGAUUCAGUUCUUAUGGUCACUCAUUUUCAAAAAAUCCAGAGUGACUGCCUCCCAGCUUCAAUAAGAAGUCAUUUCACCAGGAAUCUCAAAUGGAAAAAGUCAAGUACAGAAAUCUUUCUUCAUUUCCAAUCAAAAAACAAACAAAACCAGAGAGGAAUGCCAUCAGUUAUGAACACCUGCUUAUUGAUAUCCACUCAAUUAAGAUUCAGUUGAUAUUGUCUGAAAUUAACAUCUUUCAUAUAAAUGACAGCAUUUCUUUAUUUUCUGGGCUAAAAUGCUUCUCUUUUAAUUGUGAGGAAAUUGUGUCUGUCCAGCUCUGCCUGGACUGUUACAACUUGUCUCAGAGCAAACUGCCAACUCAAAGCAGGUCCUUAUCACAUUCAUUUCACAGCCACUUGAAAACAGCACUUUAAACUGCAUCUAAAAGCAAAGAGGCAUCCUUAUUUCUAGCCAGAUCACAAAUAUCAUUAGAGUCUGGAAUUUGCUUUGGGCCAGGUAAUGAAAGAACUAUUAUGCAUCACAGAGAACUGAUGCUGUAUGUUUAAAUAAGGCCUAUGAUAGGUUCUUGCAUUAAAUCUGAUCCUCAGUCAGGCCCAUUGUGUUACCCAUCAAAAACAGGGUGACUGAAUUUAUCCCAGUUAUUUUAAGUCAAAAGAGGCAGCCGCCACCCUCAAAGGAGCUGAAAAACCAAAGUACACACAAGCACCUAAUAAGGGACUAGCCACUGAGAUGCAGCUCUUUAGUCAUACUCUCUAUUAGACUCCAGAAACUUGAUAAAACAAUUAUCCAUUCAUUUGGGUACCAUGCUGUCGGAUCUCAAGAUCUCAGUCCUGAGAUGCUGAGCCUCCGAGACCAGCUUGGGGGUCUUGGG